AGUUCUACCGGUACGCAAAGUUUUCCUAGUUCAGAGAGAGUUGUCUGAAGAAGUAGUACUUACUUAAAUCACCUUUGACGGAAAAUAUGGCAUCCCAUGAUCAGAGUUAUCGAGCUGGUGAAACCAAGGGCCAAGAUGAGAUGGCGGCCCUACAAGGAAUUUACUCAGCUCAGGCAAUGCCUUUUGUUGAUUUUUUGAAUCGUGAAUGCUCAGGAGAAAGCCAACCAGACGAUGGGUGCUAUGAGGGAGAAGGCCGAAGCGGUAAAGGAGAAGACCCAUGAUACGGCUGAAGCUGCCAAAGACAAGACCUCGAGCGCAGCCGAGUCUGCGAAAGAGUCCAAGGACCAAACCGGAAGCUACCUCUCUGAGAAGACCGGGGCCGCAAAGGAAAAGGCCUCCGAAGCCUCGGAGUCAGCCAAGCAGAAGGCUCAGGAGGCAGCAGAGGCCGCCGGCGAGAAGGCGCAGGCCGGAAAGGAAAAGACCGCUGGAAUAAUCCAACAGACCGGGGAGCGUGUGAAGAACAUGGCCCGAAGUGCGGCCGAUGCGGUGAAGAAUACCGUUGGCAUGGGCAAAGAUGGCGAUGAUGCUGAGGAUCAUAAUAAUAGCCCUCAUAAUAACGAGGGAUAAUAUAAAUAAUAAGGACGUACAAUGUUUUGAAUUUGGGAAUUGAAGUCUGUUGCCUGUCUGUUUUGUUCUGUAAUCUCUCUUAAUUUAGUUGUUGGGACAUCUUUGGUCGAAGUCCUUUGUUUCUCCAUUCGGUGAAAGGGAGAUGUAAUUUCAACUUAAAAAGAAAUAACAUGUCACUUUGGGUUCUUUUUAA